AUGUUCAUGGGAGCGGAUGUGACUCAUCCUUGCCCAUUAGAAGAUAUCAGUCCAUCUGCUGCUGCUGUGGUUGGUAGCAUGAACUGGCCAGCAGCAAACAAGUACGUCUCAAGAAUGAGGUCGCAAACACAUCGACAAGAAAUCAUCUGGGACCUUGGUGCAAUGGUGAAAGGAUUACUAGAUGACUUUUACCAGGAAUUGAAUGAACUUCCAAAAAGAAUAAUAUUCUUUAGGGACGGAGUAAGCAAAACCCAAUUUUAUAAGGUCCUUGAAAAGGAGUUGCAAGCCAUUAGAGAAGCUUGUUCUAGAUUCCCUGGUUAUAGACCUCCCAUUUCUUUUGCAGUAGUCCAGAAGAGACAUCACACAAGGUUCUUUCCUAGUGAGACUGAUCCAUCUUCGACUAAGAACCAAUUUUUUGACAAAAAUAUACCAACUGGGACUGUUGUGGACACUGAUUACCUGGGACUGUUGUUAACAAGAGAAGCAAAACCAUGCAUGCAUCAACACAGACAAUCAAAACAAUCUCAUUUUAACAAAAGAAAACAAGCCCUUGUAGAAAUAAACAGAGACCGAGAUCGGGCGUACCCGACUUGCACUUCUGCAAUUCUAAGAAAUCUACAAAGAACAAAAAAAAAAAAAUAG